GUUUCAGGUUUUCUUAACACAACAAUAGAGUGCGCAUGCGUCGUACUUCUCAUUAUUUUAUUUAUUUUAUUAGUGUUGAUGAUAAACAAACAAGUUAAAAAAUUUUUAUAAUUAAAUAAAAAUAAUGUCUGAAAUUGAGUGGCCUUGGCAAUAUAGUUUUCCACCUUUUUUUACAUUACAACCGCAUGCUGAAACAAAAGAGAAACAAUUGUCAGCAUGGACAAGUCUUGUUUUAAAUUAUUACCAAUCAACAAAACAAUCUAUUUUGGAUGUCAGGGAAAUUAACUCUAGCCCAUUAUUUAACAAUACAGCUAUUCAGAGAAAGUUGUCAGCAGAAGUUGUACAGCUGAUCCUCGAAAGUUUACAAAAAUCAGGUAAUGCUACACCUUUAGAUAAGACAAAGCAAAGAUGGUUAAUCCACUGGCAUACCUUUGAGGAAUGGGGUAAUAUUGUUUACAACUGGGCCCAGGAAAACGGAUUUAUAAAUAGUGUUUGCACAUUAUUUGAAUUAACUCAAGGAGAGAAUACUGUUGACCAAGAAUUCUAUGGAAUUAAUACAGAAGUUCUUAUAAGGUCGCUCAAAACACUAGAAGCCCAAGGUAAAGCUGAGUUAAUAAUGUUUGAUGAUAAUCAGGGUGUUAAAUUUUUCUAAAAAUUUUUAAAGUCAAUAAAUCGUUUUUAUUUUACAAU